GUGUCGGUCCCCGUCGCGAUGCCGUCGUGCUGCCCGCAUCCAGCCGCCCCCCGGCUGCAGUACCGCAGCUCCCGGCUGCUCCGCUCCGCCUUCCUGCGCCUGCACCAGCAGCAGCAGCGGGCAGACGUGUUCUGCGACGUGCUGCUGCGGGCAGAAGGGCAGGUGGUGGCCGCGCACUGCUGCGUGCUGGCGGCGUGGAGCCCGUUGUUCAUGGAGCGCCUGGCCCGGCAGCUGCCCCCCGCGGGUCGCCCCGUGGUGCUGGAUCUGGACGGGCUGAAGAUGGCCACGCUGCGCACGGUGCUGCGGUUCCUGUACACUGCCGAGCUGGACGCGUCCCGGGACGAGCUGCGGGACGUGCUGGCCGCCGCCCGCCGGCUCCGCGUGGCCGCGCUCGAGUCGCUGCAGCUGUGGGAGGACGGAGUGCUGCGGCCCGGGCCCCGCUGGCAGCUCGACCGCAGCUGUCUGAGCGGCACCGGGUCCGGCACCGUCCCGCUGACGGACGCCCCUCGGGAACGGCCGCUCCCUGCGGAGACCGCGGGUCCGGCCCACGCCGUGGGGCGGCUGAAGCUGAGGAGGAUGGAAGGGCGGCGCGGCUGGGAGGUGGUGCGGGACGGGCAGCUCUCCCUCGAGCCCGUCGCAGUGGAGGCCCGGACGGGAACGGAGCCGUGGCCGCCGCCGGCUGCGGGCGGGCUGACGGAAGACGAGCUGGAGGAGGAGGUGGAUGUGGGGAUGGCGGAGCCCUGUCUGCCCCCCGGCACCGUGUGCGUCUGUCCCAGCCCCGAGUCCGAGUCCGGUGGGGAGGUGGAUGUAGUCGGUUAAGGAGCCGCUACCGCCUGCCCGUGAGACCGAAAGAGCGCGGUGUCCGUGUGUCGGGUGACGCUGAAAUAAAGCACUAACGCCAUGUGACGGAGCCGCGGAACUUUAUUGGGGUAACGCUGCUGGGUGCCGGCCGGGGCCGCUGAGCUCCGGCGUUUCUGCGGGGGAGCUUCGGAGUCGGAGGCGAUACUGGGGGCGGUGCCCUCCCUUGGUGCCGCCUCUUCAUGAGCGCUCCCUC